CCCCAUCUAAUACGAUUCACGAAAUUGCCCAAAGACGUUGGAAGAAGAACGUGCUGUGAACUACAGUCCCAUCCCACUUUACUUUAAAACUACCCAAAAUGCGUGAAAUCGUCCACAUCCAAGUCGGCCAGUGCGGAAAUCAAAUCGGUGCCAAGUUCUGGGAAAUUAUCUCUGAUGAGCAUGGAAUCCAACCCAAUGGUGUAUACCAAGGCGAGUCUGAACUGCAGCUGGAGAGGAUUGAUGUAUACUACAAUGAGGCCAGUGGUGGGAAAUAUGUUCCCAGGGCAGUUCUUGUAGAUUUGGAGCCUGGCACUAUGGACUCUGUUCGUUCCAGUCCCUAUGGUCAAAUCUUCAGGCCAGACAACUUUGUCUUCGGUCAGUCCGGUGCAGGAAACAACUGGGCCAAGGGUCACUACACGGAAGGAGCUGAAUUGGUUGACUCUGUACUUGAUGUUGUCAGGAAAGAAGCUGAAGGGUGUGACUGCCUUCAGGGAUUCCAACUGACCCACUCCUUGGGAGGUGGAACCGGCUCUGGCAUGGGAACCCUCUUGAUCUCGAAAAUUCGUGAAGAAUACCCCGACCGUAUCAUGAACACCUUCUCCGUAGUUCCGUCGCCUAAGGUUUCCGAUACGGUUGUUGAGCCUUACAACGCAACUCUAUCUGUCCACCAGCUCGUUGAGAACACGGACGAGACCUACUGCAUCGACAACGAGGCCCUGUACGAUAUUUGUUUCCGCACUCUCAAGCUGACCACGCCCACUUAUGGCGAUCUCAACCAUCUCGUCUCGCUGACCAUGUCGGGCGUGACAACUUGCCUUCGCUUCCCAGGCCAGCUCAAUGCCGAUCUCCGAAAAUUGGCCGUCAAUAUGGUUCCAUUCCCUCGUCUUCACUUUUUCAUGCCCGGAUUCGCCCCACUGACCAGCCGUGGCUCGCAACAAUACCGCGCCCUUACCGUUCCAGAACUCACUCAGCAAAUGUUUGAUGCCAAAAACAUGAUGGCCGCUUGCGAUCCACGUCACGGACGUUACCUGACCGUGGCGUCCAUCUUCCGUGGUCGCAUGUCCAUGAAGGAAGUCGACGAGCAGAUGCUGAAUAUCCAGAACAAGAACUCGUCCUACUUUGUCGAAUGGAUCCCCAACAACGUCAAGACAGCCGUCUGCGAUAUUCCUCCACGUGGUCUGAAGAUGGCAGCCACUUUCAUUGGCAACUCGACCGCCAUCCAAGAGCUCUUUAAGCGAAUCUCCGAACAAUUCUCUGCCAUGUUCCGUCGUAAGGCUUUCCUCCAUUGGUACACUGGUGAAGGCAUGGACGAAAUGGAAUUCACCGAAGCCGAAUCCAACAUGAACGAUCUCGUCUCCGAAUAUCAACAAUACCAAGAAGCCACCGCCGACGACGAGGCGGACUUUGAGGAGGAUCCCGAUGCCGAAGCCGACAACGCGUAGAUAUUUGAUGGAGGCCAAUUUGUUAACUAUUACUUUUUCGUCACCCUGUUUCUUCAAACUUCCCUUUAUUUAUUUUCCAAACUCAAAGCUAUCGAUCUGCUCUUAAAAAACUACCACUCCUUUAUUAUAUACAAAUCCGAUAUUCCUAUUAAUACUAAGUCCUUUCGCUUUGUUUGUGCAUGCUAGUAAGGCCUGCUCUCUUGCUUUCAGACAAUACAAUUGCAGCAAAUACCAA